AUGGAGAUAUGCUAUACCACGCUUUGGCAUUCACGUAAAGGUGUGCUUGCUCACGAACUUUCAGAUUUUGAAUGUUCAUCGCCACAAGCAUGUAUUGUAGGAAAUGCACAAGACGCACGGGAUCAAUUCGAACGCGGUUUUGACGGAGAGGCUUUUGACAGACUUGAAGUUAUAUCCAAAACUAUCACAGUACUAAAAGAUUUUAAAUCAAGUGUCGAUGCAUUGCAUGACGUUAAUCCUCAACAAUCUUCAAUCGCAUCAACAUCUACACCUGCCAAAUCUACCAAGAGACCUCAUGAUUCUAAUUUUGAAAAAUCUCGAAAAACAAUAAAAUCCAAUGCUGAAGAUACGCCCACUAUUACUAGUGAACAUCAACAACCAAUUUACACUUCAUCUGGAGAUUUGAUUCCAAUGGAUGCCAGAGAUUCUAAAGGAGAACAAAUUCAUCAAACUUUAAUGGCAAAGAAAAUGCAAAAAUUAAGUGAAUCACCAGAUUUUCGCCCAUUUAAGUUUAGAAUUCAAGCUUUUACAAAUGCGUUUCACGAAGAAUUACUUCACAAUGGAUAUACCGAAGAAGUUUUACCAAUGAGAAAAGUAAAAAAUUACUUGUGGACUCAACGAUAUAUUUCAAGAUUUAAUGAAGAUGGGAAGAAAGCCAAGUCUAAGGGAAAUCAUGUUUGGAAUAUUGAAGCUAAAAAAACACCUGCUGGUGGAUGGGUAUUCCGUGAGUUUACACGUAAAAUAGCAGGUAUUCCAAAUAAAGUUGCAUAUGUUGGAGCCAAAUACACUUAUUCCCCUCGAGUUUGGGAUCCACAAGUUAAUAUAAAAUGUAAAUGGGAAAAUAAUAUUCUUACUGGUACACCUGAUAUGAAUUCUCAAAGUUGUGAAAUUACUGCAAUUGCUAAUUAUUACCACGGUGAUACUGUGUACAAACUUGAAAAAUCCUUUUAUAUUACUGUUGUUGCUCAUGUCGAUUCAACGGAGCAUCAUGAAUUAAAUCCCAUGGCAAUUGGCGAUUAUCAAUUGCAAUAA